AUGCACCCCCUAACAUCCCUUAUACCUAUCGUUUUCUUUCUCUGCUUUCUUUCGAGUUCUCGAUCACUUCGACAUUUGUCGAAGAGAUGUGUCGCGACAGACGCUGAGGCUAUUGCGGCAAGUGACAACACAGCUGCCGCGAGCAAACGUCUCGCUUCUCUUGAUGGAGACUAUGCAAUAUCUUCACUGAAACAACCAACCAAGCAAAGACACCUUCCUUCCACCAGCAAGCAUCAAGAUGGGUACCUGGCCGCCUACCAGGCCGCCACUUAUCCAAGCUCUGACAGAUCGGGUUUCCAAAAAGAAGCAAACGAUCAUUCAGAAAUGCCCCCCAAGAAUUCUCUUGUCGGCCACACCCCAGGCACUCCUGCAACACCAGAAUCAGAUGGAUCAAAUGUUGAAGAAGAAUUAAGUACCAAAACUUUAAACGGCCGUCUGAGGUCCCCCAAGAAAUAUUUGAGCAAAAUUCUCAAAAAAACUAAGCCAAGACCUACCACCACCCCUGGCGAUACUCGAAAGAUUUUCCAGCUAAAACAGUUGGAGGAUUGUGUACAAAAAAUUCAGUUCCGCAAGCUUGAAAGACUUCGGAAAAUUCGCCACGGUCAAUUCGAGCCAAUCAUCGUCAACGGUGAAGUGAUUCUUCCGUCUCGCCCACCCACUCAAACAGAGCUGGAGAUGUACAGGAGGUCUAGAGAUCAAGUGGCAGUAAUAAUGGCCAAUGGUCACAAGAGAGAUGGCGAUGACAUCAACUGGACCCCAGAAGGGUUGGCGCAAUUCAUAGGGGAGAGGCUGGCUCAAUCAGGCAACCCAUCUAACGUUGAAUCUCCGGAGGCAUUCAAAAAGUCCAUCUCACUAUAUCAGACUUAUCUAGAAGAUAUCCGUGAACGAGAACAAAGAAUAAAGGCGCUCGAGUCCCACCAUCUCAUGAACAAAUGGAAAGGCAUUGAGAGGUCUAUCAGUCGAGAUGUCAAACGAUUUCUACGGUCCUUUAGCAAAGCUAAACCCGAGGCGAUGCAGGAGGUCAUCCGCACCCUCCACAACCUUAAUCGCAAUGCAUUUCGCGGCGACUUCGAUAAAGAGCUUCGGGCAUUUAUUUCAGGUAUCGAAUCUAGGGCAAGAUUCAAAGGAGAUGGCAAGCCUGAACCCGUCCCAGCCGCGUGGGCGCCCAAGAAAUCGAAAGCGGAAAGGCUCAGAAAGGAAAGAGAGAGGAGGAUCGAGCGCGAAACAAAAUGGGAGCUAUCGCACACUGAUAUGAGGAGAUAUAUUCCCAACGCCGUUUAUGAUCAGUCAACAGAAGAUUAUUUCCAACGCUUUGCAAAAGCCCGUGCCGCCCAAACGACCAAUAAACCUGUGGAGACAACUCAUAUACCUACUGAUCCUCCCUCGACGGUGGAAGAAAUUAUCCGAACCCUGCCCAAGGAUCUCGAAUUGGUGAAACAGAUUAACCGCUUCAUCAUGAUCUCAGGCUUGGAAAAUAUCCUGACAGAGAUUUCUCCUCAAGUAACAAAUUUUGUUGAAGGUGUUGUUGUAGACCAACUGGGGAAUAUUUUCCCAACGCUUGGCGAGAUCAAAAGUGUUCUCGGAACGGUGCUCAAAAGCACCCAAGAAGAAGAUGUUGUGUGGCGUGAAAGUCUUUUCAGGCGAUUUUCCCCCAUUAGGAUGAGCACCGAAGCAGUAUACAAAAAGUUGCAACAAGUUUAUGACCCUCGAGCUAAAAUCCGCUUAGCGCUCGAUAAAUCGACUGGUCCAGCUACUUCUCUGCCCAAGGAAGAUUUAGAAGUGAUCAAAAAAGCACCAUCUACUCGUAGAACUUUAAGGAAAUUGACAAAGAUGGAAAACUUCAAGGAACCAGCGUCCGGAACGAACUUCGUGAAUAAUCCGUUCAUUGAAGAAUUAUUUGAAAAGGGGAUCAUUGACCCCAUAACUAGACUAAGGCUACACGUGGCAGGAAGAAAGUCGAAAGAAGAACUGGUGAAAAGCUUAGGAUCAGAAGCUGAAUUUAAGAAACUAUUGUUAGAAAAGCAUGCCGAGGACAUUCUCCAGCAUUGUAUAGCCCCGGAAUCCCAGCAGGUGGAAGUGGUGAAGAGAGCAACCAUAGCACUAACCCAGACAUUUCUUUUUGAACUUGAUCAAAAAGCCAAGUCUCUCUACCUGACACGAGAUGCCUUUCUCAAACCUAACUCAUUCCGAGGGCUUGAAGCUUGGAUGAUUUACGAUCAACAGGCAAUCAGAGAAUUUAUCCAGAGUCCCGCAAGUUAUAAUAAGAUCAUCAAAGCUGCUGCCGAGUCUUACUUCCCUGAACCCCCUCAACAACCAGACAAAUCAAUGAUAGAUCAACUCUUGAGUGAAAUGAAAAUUUCUCAAGAGCCGAAGGAGAACAUUUUAGCAAACUUUUUCACGGGAUUUGACGACAGACUGUUUGAAUUAUUGGACCGUAAGGGGGAUGAUCAUUUGAAAGGAACUUCCUUUGCAACUCUGGUCAGCCAAAACACUCGAGAUCGACUCACCAAAAUUAUCCAGGAAUUCCACACUCAACGGGAUACACUUGAAGAUCAAGUGCUUGAGAUUCAGAGACUCAAAGAAAGCAUUGAACUGACUGAGGAGACCAACUUGCUCUAUGAUAUCACAAAGGUAUACACAAUCUUGGAUUCUAUCUUGUACCCUGGACUUUAG